GCGCGGCGCUGCAGCUUUUUCUGCGGGCUCCGCGGCGCGCCCCUCCUCAUCGCAGCGCUCCUGGGCACGCGGCGGUUCUCCGCCAGCUUCCCGAGGGCCAGGCGCGGGCAAGCCGGUUGCGAAGACACCCUGGGCAGCACCUCAGAUUGAGAUCCCAGAAAAUAUACGUGUUUUAGGAGAAUAAAGGAAAUUUGUGUACUUUAUUGUUGGCUUCCAAAGAUUACUAACUUUUAUCUGUGUGAACUGCCUUGGCUAUCCUGCUACUCUUGCUGCUGCUUCCGUUAUUGCCUUCUUCAGCAAAAUAAGGCUUUCCAAAGCCAAAGAAUAACAAGAAAUAAACACCACUAUAGAAGCCUUGCCAUUAUGAAACUUAAGCUAAAUGUGCUCACCAUUAUUUUGCUUCCUGUCCACUUGUUGAUAACAACAUACAGUGCCCUUAUAUUUAUUCCAUGGUAUUUUCUUACCAAUGCCAAGAAGAAAAACGCUAUGGCAAAGAGAAUAAAAGCUAAGCCCACUUCAGACCAACCUGGAAGUCCAUAUCGCUCUGUCACACACUUCGACUCGCUAGCUGUCAUAGACAUCCCUGGAGCAGACACUUUGGAUAAAUUAUUUGAUCACGCCGUGUCCAAGUUUGGGAAGAAGGACAGCCUGGGGACCAGGGAAGUACUAAGUGAAGAAAAUGAAAUGCAGCCAAAUGGAAAGGUUUUUAAGAAGCUAAUUCUUGGGAAUUAUAAAUGGAUGAAUUAUCUUGAAGUGAACGAAAGAGUGAAUAACUUCGGCAGUGGACUCACUGCCUUGGGACUAAAACCAAAGAACACCAUUGCCAUUUUCUGUGAGACCAGGGCCGAAUGGAUGAUUUCAGCACAGACCUGCUUUAAAUACAACUUUCCUCUCGUGACUUUAUAUGCCACACUUGGCAAAGAAGCUGUAGUUCAUGGAUUAAAUGAAUCUGAGGCGACCUAUCUGAUCACUAGUGUUGAACUUCUGGAAGGUAAACUUAAGACUGCAUUGCCAGAUAUUAAUUGUGUUAAACAUAUCAUUUAUGUGGACAAUAAGUCUAUCAAUAAAGCAGAAUACCCUGAAGGAUUUGAGAUUCACAGCAUGCAAUCAGUAGAAGACUUGGGAUCCAAACCAGAAAACUUGAGCAUUCCCCCAAAUAGACCAACCCCGUCCGACAUGGCUAUCGUCAUGUACACCAGCGGCUCCACUGGAAGACCAAAGGGCGUGAUGAUGCAUCACAGCAAUUUGAUAGCCGGAAUGACAGGCCAGUGUGAGAGGAUUCCUGGACUGGGACCAAAGGACACAUACAUUGGCUACUUGCCUUUGGCUCAUGUACUAGAAUUGACAGCAGAGAUAUCUUGCUUUACCUAUGGCUGUAGGAUUGGAUAUUCUUCUCCACUGACACUCUCUGAUCAGUCCAGCAAAAUUAAAAAAGGAAGCAAAGGAGACUGUACUGUGCUAAAGCCCACCCUCAUGGCUGCUGUUCCGGAAAUUAUGGAUAGAAUUUACAAGAAUGUUAUGAGCAAAGUCCAAGAGAUGAAUUAUAUCCAGAAAACUCUUUUCAAGAUAGGGUAUGACUACAAAUUGGAACAGAUCAAGAAGGGAUAUGACGCACCACUGUGCAACCUGAUACUGUUUAAAAAGGUGAAGGCCCUGCUGGGAGGGAAUGUCCGUAUGAUGCUGUCGGGAGGUGCCCCACUGUCUCCUCAGACACACCGGUUCAUGAACGUGUGCUUCUGUUGCCCAGUGGGUCAGGGCUACGGACUGACAGAAUCGUGUGGCGCGGGCACAGUCACUGAAGUUACUGACUAUACUACUGGCAGAGUUGGUGCCCCUCUCAUCUGCUGUGAAAUUAAGCUAAAGGAUUGGCAAGAAGGCGGUUAUACAAUUCACGACAAGCCAAACCCCAGAGGUGAAAUCGUAAUUGGCGGACAGAAUAUCUCCAUGGGAUAUUUUAAAAACGAAGAGAAAACAGCAGAGGAUUAUUCUGUGGAUGAAAAUGGACAAAGGUGGUUUUGCACUGGUGAUAUUGGAGAAUUCCAUCCCGAUGGGUGUUUGCAGAUUAUAGAUCGUAAGAAAGAUCUGGUGAAGUUGCAAGCUGGAGAAUAUGUCUCUCUUGGGAAGGUAGAAGCUGCACUAAAGAAUUGUCCUCUUAUUGAUAACAUCUGUGCUUUUGCCAAAAGUGACCAGUCCUAUGUGAUCAGUUUUGUGGUUCCUAAUCAGAAAAGGCUGACACUUUUGGCACAACAGAAAGGGGUGGAAGGAACUUGGGUUGAUAUUUGCAAUAACCCUGCCAUGGAAGCAGAAAUACUGAAAGAAAUUAGAGAAGCUGCAAACACCAUGAAAUUGGAGCGGUUUGAAAUUCCAAUCAAGGUUCGCCUAAGCCCAGAGCCAUGGACACCUGAAACCGGGUUGGUGACCGAUGCUUUCAAACUGAAAAGGAAGGAACUGAAGAACCAUUACCUCAAAGACAUUGAGCGAAUGUAUGGGGGCAAAUAAAAUGCAUUUCUCUGAUUUACAGUUGUGUAGGAGGUGGCCUGGUGGUUUAUCAGUUCUAGGAUUUUAAGCCUUUAUUGAAUUGUCUGUUAGAAUGUAAAGCAAAUCAUUCUAAAGACAUGGUAAUAAAACCAAAAGUGAUUAAAGUAGUUGUUGAGUCUUGCAUAGAUCUAGUGAAACUGAAAUUGAAAAGCCCUUUAGCUGUCUUAUUAAUUUUAGAGUGAAAAUUAUGUUUUUAAAAAUUAGUCUAGGAAAUAUUAGUUUUCUUAAAUAUAUGUAAUGUUGAACAACAUAAGCCGAAGUUGGAGUAGAAUGUAGUUUAAGGAAAUUUAUAGCUUCCAAUGUCUACUGUCUUCCUAGUUGAGGAGAAGAUUAAAUAUUAAGCAUGUCAAAAAAUUUGUAUUAACACUACUCAAAAGCAGAAGUGCUGGACGGCCUGAAAAUUUUUCUUCCAAGCCUUUAUCUUGAAGGGAAAAUUCAAUCAUAGUAUAAUAGACAGAAUCAUAUAAUAACCUUGGAACCCAUUUUAGGAUUCAUCAUGUUGCCUAUUUUAGACAGAGAAUCAUUGACUAUUGUGAAUAAUUAUGGUGCCUGGAGUAAGAAUAAAGCAACAUAAACACACCAAAAAAUACCUAGUAAUGUAUUUAAAGGGAACUUGAGCUACUUGAAACUUGCAGAUCUAAAAUCAGUAAGUAAUUAUUUGACCUAAGGAAAGUACAUUUUUCAAAAUGCUGAAAAUUGCGUUUCUACAUCUGUUCAAUGUAGAAGACUUGGCACCAAGAGUAAAGUGAUGGAAAGUCACUCAGAUUUGCUCAGGAAGCAUCGUCUCUGUUAGGAGCGGUGAUGAAAUCGUGACCAUGUGGAAUCAUGGUCCUUGCGCAGCACUGAACUUGGGGGAGUGAUUUAGAUGCUGCAUUUAUCAUUGAAAACAGGGACUGAUUUUAAAAUGUACUUGUAUCAAAUUAUGCUUGCAAUUGAAGACCUGUAGGUAGUUGCUGGUUUGAUUCCUGGCCAGUAGUUUGUGUUUCAGAAAGCCUUUCAUUUUGCUUUAAUUUCAGCAAAGCGGGUUAUGAUAAGACUUAGAGUGAUUAAUUAACUUGAAUGAAUUUUGGGAAACUACAGGGAAGAACUCACUGUUGCCACUUUUGUUUCUGUGUGUGAAGAGUUUAGAAACUGGAAAUGCUGGAUUUGGGAGAAGGAAGGUUACUCAAUAAGGAACUAAUUGUGCAGUAACUUGGGAGUGUGGAUUUCUUUUUGAAAUUUUAAUUAAAAUAUGGAAUUACAUAUUCCUGAGAGAUAUUCACACUUCAGUGAUAGUUACUGUAAAACAGCAAAAAUUCUUAAUACUGUUAUUCUUUGCACUUUUUUCUUAAUCAUUUUAUAUAUACAUAUAUAAAUAUGUUGCUUACAUAUAUAUAUGUUGCUUACAUUGCUUUGUACAGAUGUGAGCCACCACUGCAAUAAAAUUCAUUCUUUUUGCUCUCAAAUAUUUAUAAAGAGAAUAUUUAAAUGUUAUGUAUAUGGUGGUAAAAGGAAAACUUUUCAUCUGGUAUUAUAUGCAAGAAUGAAGGUCUUUUGUAAUGUUUCCUGUUCACUGUUCUGUGAUGUAAAAUUCAAGCAAGUUCUCCCUGAAGUUAUGUAUAUGUAAGUAUCCUCAUUCUUCCCAACUUGCCUUUGAAGAGUGAAAAUCUAUUAUUAAGUAGACUACUAUUCAGCUUCUCCUGGCUCUGGCCCACUCUUGAUCUCUUACGGAUGAUUUCCUGAGUGUUUUUCAAUAUGUGACUUCUUUUCCUUUUGGAAUGAUUUUAGAUAUGUGCGUGCCUGCAUACUCAGAUACUUGCACCCCCACCUCACCCACCCCAUCUCCCAAAAGCUAGAACACUGCCAACUAAGCUGUUGUAUAGGUCCUUUAGAAACAUGUCAUUAACACUUUUAAGGUUGGGUGCUGCUAAUUCUUUGUGAAAAUCCAAAAAUUGUUAAGGGACCAGGGAGAUGCCACUACCCCCUGAUUUUUCAUCUAAAAAUAUACAUGUUUAUGUGAAACAGACUUUCCAUAUUCAUAUAGUAACUUUGAAAAUAUUUCAACCUAAAGAUUUUGAUCCUACAUUUUUAUACCUGUUUAAAUUGUUCACUGUUACUGUUACAUCAGCCAUUAAAGUUGUACUUUUAAAAUUUACUAUGUUUAUGUACAUUUCUAAGUCAGACACUUGAGAUUUUUUGCUUUGAUUACAUGAAAGUAUCUUGCCUCCUUGAUCUUUGCGUUCAUUGCGUUUUUCUAGAGUGGAGGUGUGAUAAUGAUUUUUCAGAACUGAAAUACAGAUGAAUGAUUCAAAGUCAGUGAAUGAAGAGUAGUGUUUCUUUGGUCAUUAAGACUGACUAAUAAUGCUGUAUCUUCCUGAUAAAAUGAUAAGUGUUUCUAAGUUAACAAGAUGAGAACAAGUUAAAGCGUGUGUGGUCUUUUUUUGAUAGAGAGAAAUAUUUUGAUUUUCAAAUGUAGUUGCAAAUUAGAACGUAUUCAUAUUUGUAUUUUCUGUUGAAAUGCACGAUUGCAGAAUUGUCACUUAGAUUUUUGUGUUUAUUGAUGAAAAGCUUUGUUCUUGUUUUUAAGUUUGCACUCAAAUCUUAAAUAAAUCCACUCAUGU